GACCCUGAUCAAUUCGUUUACUUAAUCUCCUCAAUCUAGCAAUUUUUAUAUGCACCAAUCGUAGAAUAAAUUGUAAUUCGCCACAAGGGCCAAAUAUCUAUUAUCUACCAUCCUUCUCUUCGUUCAUUGAACUCAAAUUUUAAAAAAAAAUUAGGUAGUUGCAGUUAAAACUAAACACAAACAUGGCCGACGAUGAGAGAAAGCGCAUCGAGGAUGAAAAGAAGAGGAAGCAGGCGGAAACUGACAGAAAAAGGGCGGAAGUCCGCGCCCGUCUUGAGGAAGCCUCAAAGGCGAAAAAGGCCAAGAAAGGGUUUAUGACACCCGACAGAAAGAAGAAACUCAGGUUGUUGUUGCGUAAGAAAGCUGCCGAAGAAUUAAAGAAGGAACAGGAGAGGAAAGCAGCAGAAAGGAGGCGCAUUAUUGAAGAGAGAUGCGGGAAACCUAAGAACGUCGAUGACGCUAACGAAGAGACAAUAAAGCGUGUGUUGCGCGAAUAUCACACAAGGAUCGCAGCACUGGAGGAUAAAAAAUUCGACAUCGAAUAUCUAGUCAAGAAAAAGGACUUUGAGAUUUCCGAUUUGAACAGUCAAGUCAACGACCUCCGAGGUAAAUUUAUGAAACCAACUUUGAAGAAAGUUUCUAAAUACGAAAACAAAUUCGCCAAAUUGCAAAAGAAGGCUGCUGAGUUCAACUUCCGCAAUCAACUCAAGCAGGUUAAGAAGAAGGAAUUUACCCUCGAGGAAGAAGACAAGGAGAAGAAACCUGACUGGUCGAAGAAGGGCGAAGACAAGAAGUUGGAGCCGCCACCAUCAGUUGAGCUUCCGACGCCAACACCUACACCAUCCCCGGCGCCACGAGAACCAACGCCAACGCCAUCUCCCGCACCAACACCAUCGCCUGCGCCACGAGAACCAACUCCAACGCCAUCGCCGGCACCAACGCCCACUCCUGAACCACCAGCUGUUGAACCAACACCAACGCCCACACCUGAACCGCCAGAAGCGCCUCCUGCAGACGCAGCUCCAUCGGAAGGAGAAGCGCCACCCGCUGAGGCAGCGCCGCCUGCCGAAGGAGCGCCACCAACUGAAGGUGCACCACCAGCUGAAGGAGCACCUCCAGCAGAGGGUGCCGCACCUGCAGAAUCUGCUUCACCAGCUGAAGGAGCACCACCGGCUGAAGGAGCACCUCCUGCAGAAGGAGCACCACCGGCAGAAGGAGCGCCACCCGCGGAAGGGGCACCUCCUGCAGAAGGAGCAGCACCAGCAGCAGCUCCAACGGAAGGAGCGCCACCUGCAGAAACACCAGCACCUGCAGCUGGCGCUCCUCCUGCAGAAGCCGCUCCCGCGGAAGAUCCUCAGGGACCUGCUCCUGAACCUGCGUCUGUUGAAGCGGCAGCUUCGUAACUCCUUGCGCAAGAUUGAUGGUGGACACUUCAUGUUUUAUCGUCAGUUAACUUCGCAAUGCUGCUUAUAUUGUAUACUAUCCGACAUAAAGUAUAUGGAUGCAUUGAAAACAUCAUAUUUCCGGUACAAACCUU